UUAUUAUGAUUGAACCUUCUUUUGACAAAAUAUUAUCCCAUGUGAACGUAGAGUGGUCUGUUGAUGUAACAGAAAGUGUCCAACAUGGUAAAGCUGAACGUUUCUCUGCUUAGAUACAUGUCUAAAGAAGACUUUAGAAUCUUAACAGCCGUUGAGAUGGGGAUGAAGAAUCAUGAAAUUGUUCCAAUGUCACUUAUAAUUCAAAUUGCCAAUCUGAAGCAUGGCGGUUGCCACAAAAUUAUAAAAGAGCUUGUCAGGAAAAAGUUGCUGGCAUAUGAUAACUCAAAGCAAGGAUCUGGCUACAGAAUCACUUAUAGUGGAUAUGAUUACUUGGCUCUGAAAACACUGACAGCAAGAAAUGUUAUACAUUCAGUUGGAAAUCAAAUUGGAAUGGGAAAAGAAUCAGGCUAGUUAUCUGCUUGUAUU